AUGGACGCUCAGUACCCUUUUGCUUCGCGCGACGACAUCUGGCGCGUCUUUGAAGAGCUGAAGGAACUUCACGCUACGCAGUUUGAGCAGGCGGAGAGGAUCGCGAGACUGGAGAGACGGAGGGAUGAGGAUGCGAGGUUGAAGAGUGUUUGGGGUCCCUUGUCGCCAUUUCCUACUUCCGUCGGGAGUGCGAUCUCCACAGACCCCGUCUUUCAUUCCCCCGCCGACGCCUUCAAAGGGUUCGAUCAGGGUCAGCAUCACGGGAUGGUGAGCACGAUGGGCCUCGAGGCCGAAUACGAGCCGAGAAGAGGAACAUCGAGAGCGAAUAGCGUUCGAUUUGACGAAAGUGCGAUCCAUGGCUAUUAUGGACAAGCUAGCCGAUCCACCAGUGAGCUACCGUUAAGGACUGGUAGCGGCAUGGGAAGCCAUCCGCUUACUGAACGCUCGCUGUCCCAUCGGUCCGACGGUCGACAGAGCUCGUCGGGACACUCACAUCACUCUGCUCGCACGAACAGUCUAGGCCUGGAGACAACGAGCCGGAUGAUGAGUUCGUCCGUUGGUGGGUCUCCUCGGAUUCCGCCCCCUGGACUUUUCCUCCUUGGUCCCGUACCAUGUAUCAUUAGAUGUUGGCUCUCGACGAAUUUCUCGAACGACUCCCUUUUGUAUGCCGCUGUUUGCUCCGGGUCGUUCACGUCGUCGUUAGGAUAUCCCAUGAUUGAGAAGUUCGGUCUGGAAGACCUGGUGACACAAGAGGAUGGUGUCCGUUGCAUCAAGCUUCCGAUGUAUCUUCCGGAAGCUAGCCUUCAGCAAGCCUCGUCCCGCCCCAAUAGCCCAGCACCUCAGCUUCCCACCCUGACCAUCCGGUUUGUUGUUCGGGAUGUGGAACCCAACGAUCAUUCCAUCCAGAUCAUCUUGGGCAGCGACGUACUCCGCACUCACAAUGCCGACAUCCUUUUCUCUCAGGAUAAGAUUAUCAUGGUUGAUGAUGAAAGAAAUAAAAUUUCUAUCCCACUGGUUCGCCCUGAAGAUGACUCGGUGUUCAAAUCUCUUUGCACUGCGGCCGACGCCUCACGCUUUGCACCCUCGGCAAGGGUUCGUGAAAACGGACUGUCCGAUGUGAAUGGUCAUGCGGUCGGUGUCAUCGGGGAGGAGGGCAGCCGUUCCCGACGAUCUACCUCAGCUUCGACCUCCGUCAGGCCUUCAAUUGAGGAGCCCGAUGAGGACCGCAAAUCUCAACUGUCGGAGCCGCAUGGAAUCUCUGCUGUUCCUGAGCCCCAACAGGAACUGAGCAAGUCAACCGCGACGAUUGACUUCCAGCCCGGCGACAGUAAAUCCGAGACUGGCGGGGCCUGGAGCUCGUGGAGACGGGACAGCAAGCUGGACUCCGGGGCAUCUGGCGCGAGCAAGUCUUCUCGGGGUCGGACCAUGAAGGUUUUGCGGCCAACCAAGUCUUCGACUCGCGUCCUGACAUCGUCCAGCGGGGCAGGCGCUAAUGAACCGCCGGCGACCUCGGCAUCCCCUCAGCCCCCGUCCUCCCGAGCGUCUCCGGACGAGAGCCGUAUAGGGAAGCAGUGGGCGCCGAACCCCAUUGGCGGGGCGUCUGCGUUUGGAUGGCUCAAUUCCUCGCAGCCGCCGAAACGCGUUGUGACAACCCCUCGAUGA